AUGCCCCCAUUGUUCCCCACACUGUAUCUUAUUCUCUCAACAUAUUUCAUCCCGUUGAGUUGGAGCCACCCCAACACAUGCCGUUCAUAUUGCGGUAACAUAACUAUAGAUUACCCAUUUGCUCUCCAAUACGGGUGCGGACACCCUGGCUUUCGUGACCUCUUGUUUUGCAUGAACGACGUUCUCAUGUUCCACAUAAGCUCAGGAUCCUACAGGGUUCUAGAAAUAGACUAUGCUUAUCAAGCUCUCACUCUUCACGAGCCUCACAUGUCAACAUGUGACAAGCUCGUCCUCGGAACCAAAGGCAACGGCUUCGCUGUGGAACCGUGGAGAGCACCUUACAUGAACCCAGCAACGGACAACGUUUUCAUGCUCAUAGCAUGUUCUCCUCGUUCACCUUUGUUCCAAGGUUUCCCCGGGAAGCACUUGCCCUGUCGGAACGUUUCGGGCAUGGGCUGCGAGGAGUAUUAUGGGUGCCCGGCCUGGGAAAUGAUGGGCCACAAACGAUUGGGCUCAUCGUUUUUUGGGUCGGGCCCACCGGAGUGUUGUGCUGUGCCUUAUGAGGCUAUUAAGGGCAUUAAUCUCACUAAGCUUGAGUGUGAAGGGUAUAGUAGUGCUUACAAUGUGGCUCCAUUGAAGGUUGAUGGGCCUGGUGGAUGGUCCUAUGGGAUCCGUGUGAGGUAUUCGGUGCAAGGGAAUGAUGAGUUUUGUGGAGCGUGUGAGGCAACUGGUGGGUCGUGUGGGUAUGGUUCUGAUGGGAUUAGACAAGUGUGUAUGUGUGGGGACUUCAAUUCAACCUCCAAUUGUGAUUCAGUUGGAGUCUCGUCAGGAGCAAGGCCUAUGAAUUCGAGGGUGAAAAUAUUUGCAGGAUUAUUGACGUGUGUAUUUUUAGCAUGGAUGACAACCAACUAG